AUGUAUAAACCAACAGCAUCUGAAGUUUUAAUUCUCCUGCUUCUGUUAUGUGUAUCUGCAACUGCUAAGGGAUUUUCAAAAUGCAACUGUGAUGAUGAAACAAGCUGGUGGACUAUUGACAACAUUCUAGAAUGCCAGAAAAUCGGGGAUUUCUUAAUCGCCAUUGCGUAUUUCUCGAUCCCUGUCGAGCUUCUCUAUUUCAUUAGUUGCUCAAAUAUUCCAUUCAAAUGGGUUCUUUUUCAGUUCCUUGCAUUCAUAGUCCUUUGUGGAAUGACACAUUUGUUUAACAGUUGGACUUAUGGACCCCACACUUUUCAAACCGUUGUGACACUAACGGUCUUAAAAGUCCUUACUGCAAUGGUUUCAUUGGCAACUGCCAUAACAUUGAUUACGUUGAUCCCUCUGCUUCUUAAAGUGAAGGUUCGAGAGUUUUUGCUCAAGCGUAAGACAAGGGAGCUUGGAAUCGAGGUUGGUAUGAUCACCAAACAGAAUGAAGCUGGAAUGCAUGUGAGAAUGCUUACUCAAGAGAUUCGAAAAUCGCUCGAUAGACAUAAGAUUUUGUAUACUACUUUGGUUGAAAUGUCAAAAACUUUAGGGUUGCAGAAUUGUGCUGUGUGGAUGCCUAAUGUUGAUAAAACCGAAAUGAACCUCACUCAUGAACUGAAUGGGAGGAAUGUUAACUCUUCUAUACCGAUUACUGAUUCGGAUGUUGCAAGAGUUAAGGGAGAUAAUGUAGUUAAAGUUAUUGAUUCUGAUUCGCCGCUUGCGUCUGCAAGUAGUGGAGUUUCUGUUGAUGCAGGACCGGUUGCUGCAAUUCGAAUGCGAAUGCUUCGUGUUAGCGAUUUCAAAGGAGGAGCGUCUGAAGUAACGGAAGCUUGUUACGCGAUACUUGUUUUGGUACUUGCGAGUUCAGAGGACAGGUCUUGGAGCAAUCAAGAGUUGGAGAUUAUUAAAGUAGUUGCUGAUCAGGUAACUGUGGCUCUUUCUCAUGCUGCGGUUCUUGAAGAGUCACAGCUCAUGAGGGAGAAAUUGGAGGAGCAAAAUCGAGCAUUGCAGCAAGAGAAAAGAAAGACUUUGAUGGCGAGCGAGGCUAGAGCGGUUUUUCAGAAAGUUAUGAGUAAUGGAAUGGGAAGGCCAAUGCAUUCAGUUAUGGGUUUGCUUUCAGUGUUGCAAGAUGAGAAUUUAAAAAAUGAACAGAAGCUUAUUGUGGAUUCAAUGGUAAGGACAAGCAGUGUUUUAUCGAACUUGAUGAACGAUGCUAUGGAUAAUUCAGAUAGGGAGAGUGGAAGUGGAAGAUUUACUUUGGAGAUGAAAUGUUUUGGGUUACAUAACAUGUUGAGAGAAGCAGCUUGCAUUGCUAAGUGUAUGAGUUUAUGCAUGAGUUUUGGAUUUAAGGUUGAGGUUGAUAAAACCUUGCCUAACUAUGUUAUCGGCGAUGAAAAGAGGGUCUUUCAGGUGAUUUUGCACAUGGUUAGGAACCUUAUAGAUGGUAACCACGGUGGAGGUAUUCUUGUGUUUCGAGUUUUUGCAGAAUCGGGAAGCCGAGGAAGGACUGAUCAAGGAUAUGCAACUUGGAGACCAAGCUUGUGUAGCGGUGAUGUGCAUGUUAGAUUUGAGAUAGGGAUCAAUAGUAGUGAUUCUGAAUCGGAGACCUCAGCUUCUUCAGGCCGGCUUUCAGGUAGGAUGCAUACGAGUGAUCGGGCGUUCGAUGAAAAAUUGAGCUUCAGCAUUUGCAAGAAGAUAAUCCAGUCUAUGAAAGGGAGCAUACAGUCAGUACCAAAUGCUAGAGGCUCUCCGCAUCUCAUGACCCUUGCUCUUCGGUUUCAGUUACGUCGUUCAAUCGCAGUAACCAUCUCUGAAGCAGGGGAGAGUUCAGAGUCGUCGAGUUCGAAUUCUUUGUUCCGAGGUCUGCAAGUCUUGUUGGCUGACAGCGACGAUGUUAAUAGAACAGUAACACUGAAAUUUCUUCAAAAACUAGGCUGUGUUGUCACAUCAGUUCCUUCCGGAUUCGAAUGUCUUAGUCUUUUCGGACCUGCUGGUAGAUCUCCCUUUGAAGUCAUUCUUUUGGAUCUUCACUUGCCUGAUUUAGAUGGAUUUGAAGUUACUUCGAGGAUCCGAAAGUUUAAAAGCCGCAACUGGCCUAUCGUAGUUGCUUUGACAGCAAGCUCGGGAGAAGAUUUGCAGGAAAAAUGCAUGCAUGUUGGAUUUAAUGGAGUUAUCCGAAAGCCGAUUCUGUUGAAAGGAUUCUCCGACGAACUUCGAAGAAUCCUGAAGGGAAACUAG